AAACAGUUGUGUGCUGUUUUAUUUUGCCAAUUCUGUGUACUUGUGACUAGUGCAUGCGAGUGUUGAAAGUGCUAGAGAACACAAAUACUCACCAUUAUCAUGAUUAAUCAUCACACGAUGGCCAGCUUGGGACAUCCGCACUACGGGUUUGCGCUCAGCAACGGGAUGGACAUACCGCCGGCGGCGGACUUUGCCCCCCAGCCACACCACAGCCCCAACUCACCGACCGACCAUCUUGGGCUGAAGCGUGGUCUCACCUUCCCGGCAUCCUCGCUGGCCAGCCUGCAGGGUCACGGGGCGAUGCAUGGGGCGGCCCAUCACCAUCACGCCUCACUCGGACAGAAUGGAGCCGCGGGUGGUGGAGGUAUGGGUGGUGGCGGCGGUGGUGGUGUCAAUGGACAGACCUCCCCCGGCCAGGAAGGACACAUCAAGCGGCCGAUGAACGCGUUCAUGGUGUGGUCCCGACUGCAGCGCCGCCAGAUCGCAAAGGACAACCCGAAGAUGCACAACUCGGAGAUCUCGAAGCGGCUCGGCUCGGAGUGGAAGCUGCUAACCGAGGCCCAGAAGCGCCCAUUCAUCGAUGAGGCGAAGCGACUGCGGGCAACGCACAUGAAGGAGCAUCCCGACUACAAGUAUCGGCCACGCCGCAAGCCCAAGAACCCGCUGGCCAGUGCGGCGAACGGGCUGGGAGCGCUGGGCGCCAUGCAGCAGAGCGGCAAGGCCGGUUCGCUCGGAUCCUCCUACCCGUUCCCGCAGCUGCCGCCCUAUUUUGCCCCGGCCCAUCCGCUGCAGCAGCUCGAGCAGCACUACCCGGUGCCGUACUUUGGCAGCUUCGAUCCCCUCACCCUGCAGAAGCUGCACCAGUCGCAGCAGCAAAGCGUCCACCAGGCGGGCCAUUCGCCCGUCGGCGGGUUGGGCGGUGACAGUGGCAAACAGUCGGCCGGACAGCAGCUUCCACCUACCUCGCUCAGCUCGUUCUACUCGAACAUUUACGCCGGCAUCUCGGCAUCGGCGGCGGCCGCACCGCUCUAUGCCGCGCACUCCAACAGCCUGUACAACACCUCGUCCACGUCGUCCGCGUCGCCCGGUUCGAGCCCGAGCGCAUCCCAGUCCACGCUGCCCGAUCUGGAGAACGCGAUGAGGCGACCGGUGCAGGUCAUCUACUAGGAAGAAUAGGAAGCAGAAGAAGCGUUAGAGAAUCUAGAGGAGCCACUGUUCUGUGAACAUGUGGCGUACGUUUUAAUUUUACGUAAAAUCCCGUUCCUCCCGUAUUCCCCCCUUCUUUACCCAGUUAGGCUAGUGUGUGUGUGUGUGUAUGUCGAUCAGUGUAUUUGUAUGUGUAAAUAGUUAGAGUAAAAAGCAGAUGCAGCCUCACACACUCUUCGGGUUGGUUUCGCCUCCUCCGGCAAAAUCCGGAGGGAGAUAUUUGUUUUAAUUUAUUCUGCUGGCCUGCUCGCUCAGAGACUCUAGAGGAGUCGCAUUUCCCAUUUUUUGGUAAUAGGAGAAUUUUAACACUUUUAAUUAAUAAGACGCAAAACAACAGACAUACACACGCAAAAAGUGGAGCGGAAAAUAGGAGAAAUAAGGGUUCGUUUUGGAGCGCUUUUUGUUUGGAGCGUUUCGUAAGCGGGAACCAACAAACCGUAGGAACAUUAUACCUCUCGAUUUAUUAGUUUUGUUUUUUUUUGUUUAUUUUGGGUUAGGUUUUUUUA